AUGGAUUCGAGUACCAGUCAAGCUCUCUUAAAUCAAUGGCGAAACCCAGCAGACAUACUGAGCCUCCUACUACUUAUCGGCGGCAACAUCGUACAGAUGGCCAUUGCCCAGCUGGUGGGCUACUGUACCUGUCGCGAUGGUUACAGAGCCGCACCCAAAUCUCCAGGCCGGCGCACAUCAUUAAUCUGCAUUCCUCUUACGCCAGUCGCAUUCUCAUUCGGUUGGGUGGCGCUCGGAGUCAGCCUCCUCUUUUCCUCAGUUGGCGACAAGAAAUUACUCCCCGCGCCCGAGAGAUCCUCCAUUGUCAUCAACUGCGCGAACGCGUUUCAGCGCGAGAACAAGUCUUGGGUCCUGGAACGACUCUUGCGAGAUCACGAACUCUCCACAUCGAUAGACAGGACGACGGAUUCGAUUAGGAUUGACAUUUUUGAACUCGGGCCACUCCAAAAGGUCAAGACGGACUUCGUGUGGUGGCUGGGCUGGCUCGUUAUCGUAGCGCAAAUCGCUGUCGCUAUUGUACCAUGGGUGCUGUACGGAGACUGGGGAGUUAUGAUGGUGGUACUGAGCGGCAACCUGCUGGCUUCAGUUACGUGCGCGUUGCCUCAAUGGAAGGACGAAAAGUGGCCCGUGAGAGGGCUCAAGAAAGACAACGUCAUCUGUUUGACCCGCGGAAACGGUCAUAUGCAUGUUAUGGUUUUCAUCGGAUCACCGGGCUCGCCAGACCUUGAGGCUUUCGCAACCUCGAGCAGUGAGCCGCGCCUGGAAACAACUCCUAUCCUUGUUAUCAUCUCCGCUCUCUGGGUUUGUCUCUUGCUUAGCGUUAUAGCAUUGAAGAACCAUUCUUGGUACAUGGUCGGAACGGGUGCCAUGGGCAUGGCACAGAACGUGUAUUCCGCUGGUGUGGCCAGAGAUCCAGCAACUGCAGGCUUGCAACUUACCGAGUUUCAGCGGAAGAAAUAUAUUGUUGGGAAGUAUCUACCCUUUACUGAUGAUGCGGAUGCGGAGGUCGAUCUAAAUGAAGCUCUGGCGGGUGUUGCGCCUUUAGAAAACUGGAUGAAGGAUGACAAAUGCAACCCGGACAAAAUACCUAAAUGGCUAAAGACAAUGAACAAAUAUGAAGGCGUGCCUCCUUGGUUGGAGCCUGCAAAAACUAACAACGACGUAUUCAGAGUACAAGGAGGCCGAAAGGAAUUAGAGAAAUGGGUACCUACAGCAGGUUUAGCGUUGCUACACGUAUUUUUUCCUGGUAGUCUCUAG